AUGCAUUUGUUUCUGCAGUCUUUUCGCUUCCCAGAAAGUAACACAAUAACAAGUUCUGUUGCAGAAAGAAAAUGUAUUAAUUUAAGGAAACGACUGGAUCAGCUGGGCUACAGGCAGCCUUUGGGAAUUGAGUCCUUGCUACUGGUGGAAAAACUUUUUAGUUACUUUGUGCACACAACAGAAAGCUUGCACAAUGCCAAACUUUCAGUUGGAAAGACAGAAAAGGAGAGUAAAAAUCUGUAUGCCGUGCUUGAACCCUAUAGAAUUAAAAGUGCACUUGUGAGGGAGAACAAUGAACUUCACCUGGGGCUUCUGAAACUGAAGGAGAAGGACAAGCAGAAUAAAGAAAAUGAUUCGGCAGACUUGAAAUUCUUGAAUAAACAGUACUUCCAUAAAGUCCGAUCCCUAAAUAAGGACAGUAAGGCCAAGACAGAAAAAAUCCAGCAGCUGCAGGAAAAGAACCUGCAAGCAGUGGUGCAGACGCCAGGUAAGAGCAAAAUCACCAUUCCCUUUAGACGCCAGCGCAUGCAGAUUGAUCAGACAAUUCCUCCCUCAUUUGUCGCUUCCAUGCCAGUACCCCGGCCUGAUGAUCCAUAUGUGGUAGAUCUCCUUCAGGUUGCUGACAACAGAAUUCAGAAGCUUCAGCAAGAAGUAACACAAGUAAAGAAUGAACUGGAGAGAUCUGAGGGAGGAAUAUGA